AUGUUGAAAGAGGGGGUCGACUACAUGACUAUGAUCCCCAACGUACGGGCAAAUAUUACAUAUUGCGAGCAUCAAUUGAUACAGGGUUUGAGGCAUGUCUUUGUCCCUCUUGCAGGUCUUCUAAAGGCCCCAGUACCGGAUUUUCCCUCUCCUUUAGGCCAGGCAGAACAUACACCUUUAAGGUUGAGGCUACUAAAGGCAUACUUCGAUGAUUCAUUAGAGUUGUAG